AAAAAAAAAAAAAAGAAACGAAAAUAAACAAUUCCAGACUUGUCCUGAACUCCAUGUUCUCUCUCCAUCCCGCCCGGCGUCAUCUCUCUCUGCUGCAUUUUUCCGAUAGCUGCAUUAAAAAUUGUUUCAAUCUCUGCAGCAACGCGCAUAUUGGCUAUCCCUUUCUGUAUUUUCGACUCGUUUCGAGAGAUGGAAAGAUAGAGAGAGAGAGACAGAGACAGAGAUGAAGAUUGCGACUUACUGUGAUCGCAAUUCCGGCAAUCGUUGCAACUUCCAGCGAGCUUUUACAGAAAAGAUUUGAAGGAUUCAUAACCAUUCGCAAUGGAGGGAGUGAAAGCCAGAGAAGUGCUUUACGAGACUCGUAAUCAUGCCACCAGGCCGUACAAGUCCAAUUACCCUACUCAGAGAAAUGAAGACGGAAAAGGAGUUUCGUCCUCACUCAUCUCAGUUUCAGGAACCCAUCAAAAAUAGGAAACCAAUAUUCUUAAUUAUCUCUCCAAGAGGUGAACGUGUGGCUGUUGCUACUGGGAAUCAGAUUACUAUCUUGCGGAAGGAGGAUGACUACCAGGAGCCAUAUGGCAUAUUUACCAGUAGCAACCUUGGUACAUUUGUCCAUGGAGUUUGGUCAGGAUCUCUUGAUAUUCUUGGAAUUGCUGAUGACAAUGAUGUUCUCUAUUUUAUCAAAGCAAAUGGUGAAGAAAUUACCAGAGUUAUGAAGAGACAAUUAAAAACGACUUCUCCAAUAACAGGACUGAUUCCGCAUGACAGUAUUGAUGCUUGUGGCUCUUGUUUGUGUAGCUUCAUCAUUCUCACAGAAGAUGGAGUUUUGUACCAUAUUGAGAUCAACCAAGCUGCUUCUAUUUCCUUCAUGCACACAUCAAAUAUUGGGCGACCUAUGAAGGGAUAGUUCCCCAAGGAUGUCUACUGCUUUGACUAUGAUCUGGAACAUUCUUUGCUUCUUGUCAUUGGUAGUGCUGCUAGCACCUCACUAACCUCUAGUGGGAAAUCUGGAUCAUGUUCUCUUUCUCUUUGGCGUGAAUGUCCAAAUUUAAAUCUAGAGUCACUAUUCUCUUUUCAAAUUGAAGGCUUAUAUUGUAAACCAAAAGAUUAUAUAGAUCAGAUAGCAUAUCCAAAGGUGCUUAUAUCACCCCAAGGAAAAUUUGUUGCUACUUUAGAUAUAAGAGGAUGCUUGCACUUUUUUAUGCUGGAUCAAGAACAAUGCUUACUUUCUCACUUUGCUGUUGGAGAGAGAUUAGGCUUACAGGCGAUAAACUGGCAGGAUGAACUUUUGUAUGAUAAUGUGGAUUUUACUUGGUGGUCUGAUCAUAUUGUGACUCUUGUGAGGAGGGGUGGCACUGUCACCUUCUUUGAUAUCCUAACGGGCUUAAAACUUCAAGAAAAUGAUCCUGCAUAUUCAAUGCCUGUUUUAGAUAGAGUAGAGCAGCUUGAAGGACACAUAUUUGUUGUAGAGAGCAAAUCAUCUGAAGAAAGAAAGUUUUUAUCUAAUAAUAUUGGAGAAUCAAGAGGCUCACACCACGUGGAGCAGAUCAUUGAAGCCACACACUGGAGAUUGAUAUCAAUUUCAGAGAGGUCUGUUUCUGAAAUGUAUAGUAUCUUAAUCAGCAACCAUAAGUAUCAGGAAGCCGUGGACUUUGCCAAUCAUCAUGGUUUGGACAUAGAUGAAGUUUUGAAAUCACAGUGGUUACACUCUUGCCAAGGAAUAAAUGAAAUAAAUGUGUUAUUAUCAAAAAUUAAGGAUCCUUGUUUUGUAUUAUCUGAAUGCAUUAACAAAGUUGGACAAACAGAAGAUGCUGUGAAAGCAUUACUUGCAUAUGGGCUGAAUGCAACUGGUCAGUACCGAUUUUCAGAAUCAGAAGACAAUCAAAGAAGCCAAAUUUGGGAUUUCCAUUUGGCUAGGCUUCAGUUGUUGCAAUUCAGAGACAGACUAGAAACAUUUAUGGGAAUAAACAUGGGCAGGUUUUCUGUCCAGGAGUAUGGGAAAUUUAGGGUUAUGCCGCUUGGUGAAGUUGCGGUAACACUUGCUGAAAGUGGGAAAAUUGGUGCUUUAAACCUGCUCUUUAAACGUCAUACUUAUUCUCUUUCUCCAUCUAUAAUGGAAAUACUAUCUGCUGUUCCUGAGACCAUCCCUGUUCAAACAUAUGGACAGCUCCUUCCUGGAAGAUCCCUUCCCAUGGGUGUUUCUCUUAGGGAUGAAGAUUGGGUUGAAUGUGGAGAGAUGUUAACCUUUAUUAUCAGUUUGCCUGAGAAUCAUGAGAUGGAUAUCCAGAUCAGAACGGAGCCUAUUGUCAAACAGUGCCAAGGUUGCGUUUGGCCAUCUAUUAAUGAACUCUGUAAAUGGUACAUGAAUAGAGCUAGAGAUAUUGACUGCUAUAGUGGCCAGCUGGAGAACUGUCUCAGCCUGGUUGGCUUGGCUUGCUGGAAAGGUAUCCAUGAAUUACAGCAAUUUCAUGAGGAUAUUUCAUACUUGUACCAGCUUAUGUAUUGUGAUGAGAAUGAUGAAAAUAUAUGCUUUGAUAUUAGUCUUAUGGAGUGGGAACAAUUAUCUGACUAUGAAAAGUUCAGAAUGAUGCUCAAGGCGGUUAAGGAAGAAAAUGUGGUACAAAAGUUGCAUGAACAGGCAAUUCCUUUUAUGAAAAGUAGGUUUCAUGACCUGGCCCCUGUUCAUCAAGAGCAGAUUAAAGAUUUCCAUUUCUCUUCACCCAAGGAUGGGUCAUUUCUGGUCAGAUGGCUUAAGGAGAUUGCUUUGGAAAAUGAAUUAGACAUAUGCUUGACAGUUAUUGAGGAAGGAUGCAGGGAAUUUCAAGAUAAUGGAUUCUUCAAGGAUAAAACCGAAGCUGCGGAUUGUGCUUUGCAAUGUGUAUAUUUGUGCACAGUUACAGAUAGAUGGAGUACCUUAGCUACGAUAUUGUCAAAGAUUUCACACACGCAAGAUGCUGAAAUGUAUAUCGAUGACCUAGAGAAAAGACUUAAACUUGCAGAAGGCCAUAUUGAAGCAGGGAGGCUUUUGGCAUUUUACCAGGUUCCAAAGCCAAUGAACUUUUUCCUUGAGGCCCAUGCAGAUGAAAGAGGGGUAAAGCAGAUUCUUCGCCUUAUGCUUUCAAAAUUUGUCCGACGACAACCAGGUCGAUCGGAUAAUGACUGGGCAAGCAUGUGGCGGGACAUGCAAUGCUUGCGAGAGAAGGCUUUUCCCUUCCUUGAUCCAGAAUAUAUGUUAACUGAAUUCUGCAGAGGACUGCUGAAAGCUGGAAGAUUUUCUCUGGCAAGCAAUUAUCUAAACGGUACAGGUUCAGUGAACUUGGCACUAGAAAAGGCAGAAAAUCUUGUUAUCCAAGCUGCACGGGAAUUCUUUUUCUCAGCUUCUAGUCUCUGUUGCUCAGAAGUUUGGAAGGCUAAGGAAUGCCUAAAUUUAUUUCCAAGUAGCAAACAGAUUAAACCAGAGGCUGAUGCAAUUGAGGCACUAACUGUUAAGCUUCCAAAUCUUGGAGUGUCUCUUCUACCCAUGCAGUUCAGGCAGAUAAGGGAUCCUAUGGAGAUUGUAAAAAUGGCAAUCACUAGUCAACCUGGAGCUUAUCUACAUGUUGAUGAACUCAUUGAGGUUGCUAAGCUUCUUGGAUUGAAUUCUUCAGAUGACAUAUCAGCUGUUGAGGAAGCUAUUGCUAGAGAAGCUGCUAUAGCUGGUGAUCUGCAAUUGGCGUUUGAUCUAUGCCUUGUUUUGGCUAAGAAAGGACAUGGUCUCAUAUGGGAUUUAUGUGCUGCAAUAGCGAGAGGUCCUGCCCUUGAAAAUAUGGAUAUAAGCUCUCGUAAGCAGCUACUAGGUUUUGCUUUGAGUCACUGUGAUGAAGAAUCUAUUGGUGAGCUUCUCCAUGCAUGGAAGGAUCUGGACAUGCAAGACCAGUGUGAUACUUUGUUGAUGUUGACUAGGACGAGUUCUUCUAACUUCACGAAUCAAGAUUCCUCAAUUAUGUCACUUCCAGCUACAGGUAUUCAAGAUAUUGUUGAUCUCAAAGAUUGUUCUAAACUGGUUGAUGAAGCAAGUGGUGAUGGCUAUGAAUCUUACAUGGACAAAGUAAAAAAUACACUUUCUUUAGUUGCUAAAAACUUGUGGGUUGAGAGUGGAAUCGAUUUGGAAUAUUUUUUGAGAGAAAAUGGAAAAAUCUUAUCUUUUGCUGCUUUCCAACUUCCAUGGUUGCUUGACUUGAGCCGGAAAGCAGUGAAUGAUAAGAAUCUUUCUGACUUGAUUCCUGGAAAACCAUUUGUGAGCAUACAAGCACAAGCCUUGAUAACUACUCUCUCCUGGUUGGUGAGAAAUGGUUUUGCUCCCAAAGACAAUGUUAUUGCCUCUUUAGCAAAAUCAAUUAUAGAACUGCCUGUUACAGAAGAGGAGGAUGUCAUGGGGUGUUCUUUCUUGUUGAAUCUUGUGGAUGCCUUUAGUGGGGUAGAAGUAAUAGAAGAGCAGCUGAAGAUAAGAAAGAACUACCAAGAGAUUUGUAGCAUCAUGAAUGUGGGGAUGACUUACUGUUUAUUACAUAACUUUGAAGUUGAGUCAAAUGAUCCUUCACAAAGGAGGGACCUUUUAAUGAAGAAGUUUAAAGAGAAGCACACACCACUUAGUUCUGAUGAGAUCAACAAAAUUGAUGCAGUACAGUCAACAUUCUGGAGGCAGUGGAAGCUCAAAUUAGAAGAGAAAAAGCGUGUAGCAGAACAUUCUAGAGUUUUGGAGCACAUAAUUUCUGGGGUUGAAACUGCACGCGUUCUUUCAGGUGACUUUAACUACAUUGAGACUGUUGUAUUUUCCCUGGCUGAAUCAGUAAAGUUGGAAAAGAAACGCGUUGUGAAGGAUAUGUUGAAAUUAGCUGACACUUAUGGUUUAGAUCAUACUGGGGUCCUUCUUCAGUACCUUAGUUCUAUUCUCGUUUCCGAGGUUUGGACUGAGAAUGAUAUUAUGGCCGAAAUCUCAGAAGUCAAAGGAGAGAUAAUUGGUUGUGCUUCUGAAACCAUCAAAACCAUUUCCACAGUCGUGUACCCUGUAAUAGAUGGAUGCAACAAGCAGCGACUUGGCUGUAUUUAUGGUCUCCUCUCUGACUGCUACUUGCAGCUGGAGGAAAAACAAUCCUUACUAGCAACAGACCAAUUUUCAUCACAUUUACCUGCUCUUGAGUUGGCUCAUUUAUACAAGGUCAGGCAAGAGUGCCAAAGGGUUUCCUUCAUUAAGAACCUAAAUUUCAAGAAUGUUGCUGGAUUAGAUGGUCUGAAUUUCCAAUCUUUUCGCAGUGAAGUGUGUGCACACAUCAAUGAAUUUAACUUGGAGCACUUGGCAAAAAUGGCGCAAACACUGACCAGUAUCUAUACCAGUUCAGUGCCUGAAGGUCUCAUGUCGUGGCAGGAUGUGUAUAAAGUUUAUGUUCUAAGUUUGUUGACAACUUUGGAAAGUAGGACUAGAAUGGAGUUCAAUGACAGAAACCCAGAAAAGUUUCAGAAGUUUGUUAGUCAACUUGAGUUAACCUAUGAUUCUUCUCAAAUGUAUAUAAGGCUUUUGGCACCUUCGGAUGCCCUGGACAUUAUGAAGCAAUACUUAACUGUGAUGGUACCUCUGCAUGAUUGUUAUGAGAGUAUUCCAGACAACUCAACAUGGCAGGAUUGGCUCAUAACCCUUUUGAACUUUUGGGUCAGACUGACUGAAGAUAUGCAGGAUAUUGCAUCCAAUGAGAGCUCUGUAAAAAAACUCGGAUUCUAUCCAGGAAGCUUGUUAAGUUGCUUGAAAGUUUUUAUGAGGUUGGUGAUGGAGGACAUUGUAUCACCAAGUCAGAGCUGGGACACCAUUGCCGGCUAUGUCGCUAAUGGGUUGAUUGAUGAUUUUGCUGUUGAAAUUCUGAUUUUCUGCAAAGCCAUGGUAUUUUCGGGUUGUGACUCUGGAGCCAUUUCAGAAGUGUUCUCUGAAGCAAUAUCACAGCAUGAUACAAGUUCGACUUCAUCUAGUAACUGUGAAUCUCAGGAUAUUCUUCAUCUCUACACAAAUAUUUUAGAGCCUAUUUUAAAAGAUUUGGAGAGUGGAUCCCAUGAAAACCAGAAUCUGUAUCAUUUGUUAUCGUCUUUGAGUAAGUUGGAAGGUCAACUGGAGAAUUUGCAGAGGGUCAGGGAGGUAGUUUGGGAAAGAAUGGCCCAGUUCUCUGAUAAUUCACAGCUGCCUAGUCAAGUUCGAGUUUAUGUUCUAGAGCUUAUGCAGUUGAUCAGGGGUAGAAAUAUUAAGGGUUUCUCUGCAGAGCUACAAUCCAAAGUUCUUCCAUGGGAAGGAUGGGAUGAGUUUCUCUCUACAAGGAGCGAAACGACUGCUAAUCUUGGGUUGCUAGAUAACACAGAUGCUUCUACUCAGUUCACAAGUACCUUAGUUGCUCUAAAAUCCUCUCAGCUUGUGGCAGCCAUUUCUCCUAGCCUAGAAAUCUCUCCUGACGAUCUCUUGAAUGUGAAGACAGCUGUCUCUUGCUUUUUGAAGUUGUGUGAAGUGUCCAAUUCAAAUGCUGAUAUUGAUGUGUUACUAACAGUCUUGGAAGAAUGGGAAGGGUUCUUCGUAGAGAAAACACAUCGUGCAGAAACUUCUGAAGCAGGUAAUACUGACUGGAAUUCUGAAGAUUGGGACGAAGGAUGGGAAAGCUUUCAGGAAGUAGAAACUUUCGAGAAAGACAAAACUGAGAGCUCCUUCAGUAUUCAUCCUUUACAUGUUUGUUGGAUGGAGAUAUUCAAAAAACUGAUUACCGUAUCACGCUUCAAUGACUUACUAACACUUGUUGACCAGUCAUUAUCAAAAUCUAAUGGAAUAUUGCUGGAUGAAGAUGGUGCCUGGAAAUUGAGUCAGGUUAUAGUUGAGAUGGACUGCUUUGUGGCAUUGAAGUUUGGGCUUCUUCUGCCCUACAAUUCAAUACAAUUACAGUGUUUGGAUGUAGUUGAAGAAAGGCUGAAACGAGGAGGCAUCUCUGACACAGUUGGGUGGGAUAAUGAGUUCUUCAUUCUUGUGAUAUCAUCUAAGAUUAUAUCAACUAUAAUAACCAAAACUGUAUAUGGCACUACUUUCUCUUAUCUUUGCUAUUUGGCGGGCAAUUUCUGUCGCCGGUGUCUGGAGGCCCAGUUAUCGAGUAUCACAGAGAAAAGGAAGAAAGAACGUGUAGACACCCAGAAGGAAGUCUUGCUGCUUUUCAGAAGAAUACUAUUCCCUUCCUUCAUAUCAGAGCUUGUGAUGGCUGAUCAGCAGAUCCUAGCAGGAUUUCUUGUUACAAAAUAUAUGCACACAAAUGCUUCUCUCAGUCUAGUUAAUGUUGCUGAAGCUAGUCUUCGUAGAUACUUGGAGAGGCAGCAUUAUUCCCUGCAACACGACAAGCUUACUCUCGAAGAGAUGAGUUCAUGCAAAAUGCUAAAGAAUACAGUUUCCUUCUUGAAAGGUGAAUUAGGAAAUUUGAUCCAAUCUGCAUUAGCAUUGCUUCCUGCUAGCCUGAGAUGAGGUCAUUUUUAUGGUUCCAAAGCCGUGAUUACUAUACUAUAAUAGCAUUAGCUUUAUAUGGUUACUAUUAUGAUUGCUAUAUUAGCUCGUUUUCUUUGCAGCAAAGAGUGGAGUUACAGAGAGAUUAAUACAAGUAGAUGGAAAAGAAUG